GUUUGUGGAGGAAAUCAGACGGUUUUUGUUUCCAAUCAGAACCAUUUCUGUGCGAGGCACCGACAAUCCGACAAUGCGGGGGGAAGUUGCAGGAGAAACACAUGCAGCAGCACAGCUUUAAUCGUUAGGAACCGAAAUGAAAGCGAGUGGAUGCGAGUAUCCUGAGGGGUGGCGAGGGGGAAGAGACACCAAAUCAUUUGGACAUGUCUUGAAAUAGUUUGCCAGGUGUGGGAGUACAGUAACCUACAAUAAUAAAUCAUAAUUGGAUUCCUACUUCUUCAGGUGUGUUUCAUUGGCAACUUUGAAUUCCUCUCCUUUGGAAUAGAAGGAAAGGUAAUACAUUUCGCAGGAUGCUGAUAACACAUAGUUACCAUGACAACUGAGAACUUGCUGGCUUCAGAACGACAGGUGCUGGAGGAUGCACCUCAGGACCCAUCACUAGCUAAAUCCAUAGAGCUGUUGUCAGAUAAUGUGCAGGAGCCACAGUAUGUGAUGGAGGUUUCAAGCAAUGAUGGACAUCUACCGUCAGCAGUGAUCAGGAUCAAUAGCUCUUCGAGUUUGUCCAGUGACGUUCAAAUCUGCAGAAUUUGCCAUGAAGCCAAUGACAAUGAGGACCUCCUUUCUCCAUGUGAGUGUUCUGGAACUCUGGGGACCGUCCACCGCAGUUGCUUGGAGCAAUGGUUGGCAGCUUCAAAUACCAGCCACUGUGAACUCUGCCACUUCGAAUUUGCUUUAGAACGCAUGGCAAGACCACUGAAUGAGUGGCUGAAAGACCCGGCAUUGCACCAUGAGAGGAGGACAUUGUUUGGAGAUUUCAUCUGUUUUCUCUUCAUUACCCCGUUGGCUAGUUUGUCAGGCUGGCUGUGCGUCCAAGGAGCAGUUGACCAUCUUUACUUUAGCAGCAGCAUGGAAGCGGUUGGUCUUAUUGUUCUUACAUCAGCCCUGAUCACGAUAUACCUUUUCUGGACCAUUGUUUCUUUUCGCUAUCAUAUUCGACUAUUCAAAGAAUGGAGACGGAGCAAUCAGAACGUUAGACUACUUAUUCCUCGACCACAAGUGUUACUUAACAACCAACCCAAUCCUCUCCUGGCACAGAAAUCAAGUAAAUUACAGUCUAAAGAAACCAUUGUCUGACCGUUUAAGGGGCGAUUGAGUACUUCAAGAGCACCAAACACGAAAAUGCUACCAAUCCUGUGGAUUGUUAGGAAAUGAUCGAGGAUGUAUUUUUUAAAGGCAGUUCAAGAACAGAUGAACUUUGUCUUGCACUGUAUUGCAAAUUCACACAACUGGUUGUUACACCUGUCUGAUAGUAUGCUUUUA